GCGUGGUGUAGUAAGCUGUUAAAAAGUAUUCAAAGUAAAUUAAAAUUUUUGUAUAAAGUGUAACUUCAAGGAACCUAGCUAGAAAAGUCCAUUUAGUCCUAUAAACACACGACACCAAUUCUAGACGCAGAAAAAGUUAAACAGCGGAAAAUAUGGUGAAGGAAACUGGCUAUUACGAUCUUCUGGGCGUGAAGCCCAAUGCCACGCCCGACGAGCUGAAGAAGGCCUACCGGAAGCUGGCCCUCAAAUACCAUCCCGACAAAAACCCCAACGAGGGCGAAAAGUUCAAAGCCAUCUCGCAGGCCUACGAAGUACUGUCCGAUGCGGACAAGCGCCAGGUGUACGACGAGGGCGGCGAGGCGGCGAUCAAGAAGGGUGGAGCCGACUCCGGAGACUUCAGGAAUCCGAUGGACUUCUUUGAGAAGUUCUUCGGCGCCGGUUUCGGAGGUGGCGGCGGCGGUCGACGACGAGAGCGACGCGGUAAGGACGUGGUGCAUCAGAUGUCCGUGCAGCUGGAAGAGCUCUACAACGGGGCGACCCGCAAGCUGCAGCUGCAGAAGAACGUUAUUUGCGACAAGUGCGAGGGUAGGGGAGGCAAGAAGGGCAGCAUUGAGAAGUGUAUGCAGUGCCGUGGUAAUGGUGUGGAGACCCGUGUCCAGCAGAUCGCUCCCGGCAUCAUGCAACACAUCGAGCAGGUGUGCCGCAAGUGUUCCGGAUCGGGCGAGACCAUUCAGGAGAAGGACCGCUGCAAGAACUGCAACGGCAGGAAAACGGUGAGGGAGCGAAAGGUACUGGAAGUCCACAUCGAGAAGGGUAUGCGGGACGGACAGAAGAUUGUGUUUACGGGCGAGGGUGAUCACGAGCCGGAAUCUCAGCCUGGCGAUAUUAUUAUUCUGCUGGACGAAAAGGAGCACGCGACGUACGCGCAUGCCGGGCAGGAUCUGAUGAUGAAGAUGCCGUUGCAGCUGGUGGAAGCCUUGUGCGGCUUCCAGCGGAUUAUCAAGACCCUGGAUGACCGCGAUCUGAUCGUGCAAACAAAUCCCGGCGAGGUUAUUCGGCACGAGAUGACAAAGUGCAUCAACGAGGAGGGCAUGCCCAUUUUCAAGAACCCCAUGGAGAAGGGCACACUGAUCAUUCAGUUCGAGGUCAUCUUCCCCGAGACGAUCAAUCCGGCAGUGGUGCCCGCCCUCAAACAGUGCCUGCCCCCGGCGCCGGAGGUUGACAUUCCAAUCGAUGCAGAGCCCACUGUUUUGGAGGACUUUGAUCCCAAGCAACGGCGUCAGCAGCACCAGCGCAUGGCCUACGAUGAGGACGAUGGCGGCUAUCAGGAUGGCCCCCGUGUCCAGCAGUGCACAUCGAGCUAAGCGCCUAGCCGAGUGCUGGAUUCCACUCUUCCCCCAAGGUCCUAUCCAAAAUGCAGUAAUAAUAUGCAACCCAGCUCCCGGAAAACGUAAACUGCGCUUGCAAUGGCCGAAGAACUCUUAAGAAAUCGUAAAGCACCCCCCAAAAAACAACCCACAUAACACAACCACUUAGGAAACCCAACCAAUCGAGAUCUAAAGUUAUUUCAUGCAAGCUACGAUAUUUAGGUAUAAAUCAAUGGAAACUUAUCAGAUAUAUGCACUAUGUCUAUAACGAGUGGUUGUUCGAAAACCAAUGAGAACAUUUUUCAUUUCGUUUAUGUUGCGUUUGAUUGUCAAAUUGUCAAAUCGAAGAAUCGAAAGUCGAAAACUGAAACUAAACUGAAACCGCAAAUCAGCCGCCACUAGAACCGUAUCUAAAGUCCGCGCCAGCGAACGCGUCUAGGAUCAAGUUUAAGUUAUUUAAUUCCAGCAUAAAUAAAAGCGUUAGUUUAAACGGAUAUAAAAAUAAAUAAUUAAUACACUAUUUGAAAUUGAAA